GAUGGCGGGUGUCCCCGAUCCACUGGAAGAUAUGCUCUAUUCUGAAGUGGACGAGAAAGCCGUCAGCGACCUCGUAGGCUCGUUAGAAUCACAGCUCGGUGGACAGAACAAGGCGGUGGGUCCGCAAGGCGAGGUCAGGAGACCAGGGUCGUCCUCAAAUGUGAUAAAUCCACACUUGGGAAAAUUACUGCCCGCCCAAGUAGGAUCAACACUAGAGCAGCGGCGGCGGCAGCCAGAACGAAAACAGGAGGGAAACUCGCAAGAAAACGGUCCGGACAGGAUACAAGCGUCCAGUAAUGUCCCUUCCACCUCUAAUUUAUCUAGUAGCUCGUCAUCUUUUGUUAAUGCUACGAAUCAGGUGCAGUAUAAUUCAUUAGGAGCAACAGCAUCAAAUCCAUCAACUUUGUCAAGUGACGCAGCACCACCAACAACAGACUCGCAUCCCAAUACAAAUAACAUUGCGUCUGCUAUCCGAACUGUUCCCGCCAGAAUACAGACUGUUAACGGAGGCAGUGGCGCACUGAACUCUUCUGUAAUCGCCUCUGCUCCUGCCUCUGUGGCGGGAUUGCAAGUUGAAGCAGCCAGACCGGGCAGUGUAAAUGGUAUUGACAUUGGUUCAGUUGUAGGUAAUGGUAAAAGCAUCAUGUCUGCUCCGAGUACAAAUACUGCUUUUGUGUCUGCUCAGCCCAAUAGUACACUGCCACAACCUAAUAGCCCAGCAGAUCCCACCAUUGCACUGCACAGGCCUCCUAAUACAAGUGUUGUACAUAACGGAAGUGACCCCAAAGUCACAGGAUUGCCUGUGCAUGGUGCUGGAGUGGGUCUUGUGUCCACUUCAACGGUGGCGUUUACAAACACCGUUGCUAGUGAGCCCAAAUCAGACCCUCAAAGCCAGCUCAAAGCAAUCGUACCCAACCAGCUUCCUGGUGGUCCUGUAGGUUUGCACCCCAGCACACCCACUCAGAUGAUUGUGUCCAGUGCUAUGCAGCCCAGUUCAGUGGUGACCUCGAUUCCUGUGGCAAGCACUGCCUCUGUCCUAGCAAAGCCAGCAGCAACAACUCUCUUAGUACAGCCUACGACCCUGUUGAGACCCGGCACACCAACUCCUGGGAUGGCAACAGCGACACCCCCACAGCGACCAGGGGCUCCUGCAACACAGCUGAUUGUCAGGACACCGCAACAGACAACUAUUCAGCUACCUCCAGGAUUCACCAUACCACCAGGCAUGGUGCUGGUGCGUACAGAAGCUGGUCAGCUGGCAUUGGUUCCCCAGCAGGUCCUUGCCCAGGCUAAAGCUCAAAAUCUAAAUAAAGGCACCUUGUCUCCGAGACCUGCUACACCUACUGCUGGAGCGGCUUUCAGAGUCACCACACCUGUUGCCCAGCAGCAAAAGACUGCAGUGGUUACAAUUACCAACGCUCAGAAGCCCACCACUACAGUCAUUACAGCGGGGGCCCGUGUUCAGCCUGCACCACCACAGACAGUCCUCAAACCAUCUCUGACACCGCAGAGUCCCAGCGCAACCUCUGCAGCAGCCCCAGCUAACAGAGCCCCUGUCCUCUCUCAGGAAAUGCAAGAAAAUGUAAAGAAGUGCAAGAACUUCCUAGCAACACUCAUCAAACUGGCAUCCCAUAAUUCCCCCUCACCAGAAACGUCUCGGAAUGUAAAAGCACUAGUGCAGGAUUUGUUGGAUGCAAAAAUUGAGCCUGAGGAGUUUACAAAUCGCCUGCAGACAGAAUUGAAAUCAUCUCCUCAACCUUAUCUGAUCCCUUUUCUAAAGAAAAGCUUGCCUGCUCUACGUCUCAGUCUUCUGAACUCCCAGCAGUCUUUAACUCAAUUGUCUCAGAACACCACCACCUCCAGCCCUCUGUCAGUCAACACCAUUAAAGCCCAAGUGCCGAGCACACUACCCACCACCGUAUCUACUAUCCGACCGGCUGCUUCCAUGGCUCCAACCACCACCAUGGCUGUUAAGAGGCCUGGAGUUCAGGCCAUACCCACACGGAUGCCGGUGGUGAUUACACAGACAGUUCGUGCUCAAAGUGCUGCUGGAACACCCUUUCAAGUGAGGAACCCCAUGGGUGUGGCUCUGCAAGCCUCAGCCAAUCAGAAACAGAAGCUGAAUGACCCUGGUGGUGGGACUUUCAGGGAUGAUGACGACAUCAAUGAUGUGGCGUCAAUGGCUGGCGUAAACCUGAAUGAGGAAAAUGCCCGAAUCCUGGCUACGGGUUCAGAACUCGUGGGCACCCAGAUCCGUUCUUGUAAGGACGAGGCCUUUCUUCCUGCCAGUCUUCUUCACAGACGUCUUCUGGAGACUGCCAAGAAGUUUGGCGUGACGGAGGUGUCAAUGGAGACAGUAACUCUCAUUUCUCACGCCACUCAGUCCAGGCUGCGCUCCGUGCUGGAGAAUGUGUCAGUUGUUGCACAACACCGCACUGACUCCUGCAAAGAUGAGGAGCUGUAUGAGCAGACGUCAGAUGUACGUGCCCAGCUGAAGUACUUUGAGCAGUUGGAAAAGAUCGAAAAGCAAAGGAAGGAUGAUGAGGAACGGGAGAUUUUAAUGAAAGCAGCUAAAAGUCGCUCAAGGCAGGAAGAUCCCGAACAGGCCCGGCUUAAACAGAAAGCUAAAGAGAUGCAGCAACAGGAACUCGCUCAGAUGAGGCAACGGGACGCCAACCUCACAGCCCUUGCUGCCAUUGGACCCCGCAAGAAACGCAAGCUUGACUCCCCCGGGGCCUCAUCGGGAUCAGAGUGUCCUGCAGGCCCCUCCGGAUCAGCGACUGGCUCUACCUCAUCCUCCACGUCCUCAGGCCGGCAGGCCCGUCAGCGCAUCACCCGAGUCAACCUCAGGGACUUGAUCUUCUGCUUGGAGCAGGAGCGAACCACAGCCAGGUCCAUGCUGCUCUACAAGGCUCUUCUGAAGUAGCACUGUUCCUCAUCCCAACCCAAAAGCUUCAAAACAGAUGGAUGAGGUCAUCCAUGCUAAUGGUGGUACUCCUGCUUUACCCUCGUUUUACUCUUUACGCUCAAGUCUUCCUCACCUCUAAAGUCAUCUCCAGCUGGUGCCUUCAGACUCACCUGUGGCAUGAACCCUUUGAUCUGAGGCUGAAGGAGUGUGUUGCUGUAAAUCUUCCAAAUGUGGGACUUCUGAAGUCCUGAAAAGCCCCUUGGAUGAGAAGAAAGCUGUGGACAACAUGAAAAUUUCCCCUUUGGGUCACCUUUUAAUGGUUUUAUUUUCCCUUUGUUUUGGAUUAAUGAGCCAUCAUUUUGAGCAAUGUUGAUCUUUUUAUUCAUUAACAUGAACUCGGAUUGGUUUUAAGUUUCAGUAUAAAGAUUUUGAGAUUUGUUUUAUAUGAAUAGCGGUUGGACUUGAGACGUGUUUUUAACCGAAAGCCUCAUUUGCAAUAUAGACACUGGAAAACGUGAAGGCAAAGUUCCUGGUUUUAGAGGUCUAAUGAGUUGAGUAUUUUAGUAACUUAUAAGUAGUGUAUCUUUAAAUCAUGCUCUGAGGGAACGUGUGGAUGUUUGUUGUUAUUUUGUUACUGAUUAUGCAAAAUGAAGAAACUCUGUGUUAUAAAACACUGACUGUCUUUCAUCCUAUUGGAUGGUCUUUUGAAAUUCAGUGACAGUUUUGUCUCGCACACUCAGUGUGGGGUUAUAUGUGUGAACGGUUUCACUAGUGUCUAUGUGUUAAAGGGGUCGUUCACCCAAAAAUGAAAGUUCUGUAAUCUUCUCUGUGGAGAUAUUUUGUAGAACAUUCUGCCUAAUGUCUUAUUUUGUGUUCAAUGGAAGAAAGUCAUAUGGUUUGGAACAACAUGAGUAAAUGAUAACUGAAUUUUCAUUUUUGGGUAACUGUCUUUUUAAGUAUACUGUGAAGAAGAAAUGGUGCCUUACACGGCCCUCCUGGGACACCAUUGUUUUUAUUCACGUGAACAGCAUGGAAAAAUAUAAAAUGUUAAUACUAAUAUGCAUCGCUUGAACAUCAAUUCUAGAGCAGGAUCUCUCAUAACUUAUUUUUUGAGAAUUUAUAUUAAUUUGAUGAAUUUCAGAUUUUUUUUAAUACAUACAGGUGGUUUGAUAGACUGCAGGAAUACAUUUUAAAUAUUAAUGUUGAAUUUUGGUUCCUGUUCUUUUGGAAAACGACAGAAUUUUCUGUAUGGAAUUCAAGUUCGCUGUACAUGUUCAACAUCUGUCAUAAGUGCAUUGUGCAUUAUUGUAUGUCUCAAGAACUAAACACACGCAUACUGCCCUUUUAUGACAUGCAGCAGGAGAGGAAGUGAAAUUCUUAUGGCAUUUCUUUACCUUUUGCAGUUUUACAGUUUGCAUAUGUUGUAAGACAGUCAACAUUCAUGUGUGCAAUGAUUCCUUUGAGAUCUGAGGCAAAAUCUUUUUCCAUCUCAGAUUUGUUUUAAUUUGUAUUGUUUGUGCUUAUGUUUGGACAAACAGCAUUGUUGAUCAAGGGAUUGUCUUUUGUCUAUAAAAAAAAAAAACAUCUAUUAGAAUUUCUAUUUUUGCUAAAUGUAACAAUUUUUGAAUGUUUGGUUGGUUUGAAAAAAGCGCUCAUCUCUAUUAAAUUUGUACUUUUGUAAAAGAAUAAAGUUCCUAAUUAUAUUUCUGUUAUGAUUUUCUUUUACGUUAUUGGUUGUACUUAAAUAUAUGUUAUUGUUUUUAAAGUCAACAUGAAUUUGUGUUCA